AUGAGGGACGGAAGCAACAACGGGUUUGUUGGCAAGGAAUGCGAGGACGUGAUGGCUGUGCUCCACGCCACGUUGUCGCCCGAAGGGCUACGAGAAAUGGUAGAAUUGAACGUCCGGGCGGGCGUCAAAGUGCUCCUCACCAAGCCCAUCGUUCUGGACGCCAUGGAUCUGCAACCAUAUUACGAUGAAUAUGCAGCUCCGUAUGUUACCAAAGCCGAGCCAUAUGCACACCUAGUGAAUACCCGUGUGAACCGAGUUUCCAAAUCACCGUCCGUCCUAUUUGGUGCUAUCCGGCUGUAUCAAUCGGUGUUGGCGUCUUUCCUGUCCCUACUUCGAAGUACGAUGUUCGCUGGCCUCCAAAGAGCUACCGCCAUCAACGAGACUUUGGUUCGGCGUUUUGGGAAUUUAUUAUCACGACGCACAUUUGAUUCGCCCUACCUGCUGGCUCAUUCUGUGCUGGCACCUAACACUUUCUUCGUUGCAUCUACAUCCUCCGAACAUCAAGGACUGCUUUGGGCAGAUAUUCUUCGGCUGGUGUGCCAAAUAAAGACGCCAUGCAGAAUGCGUCUGGAUGAGACUCCGUACGUGAGGUUCUGGGGAAGUUCUUAUUCCACAGCAGGACCGUUCGCUGCAAUGGCACUCGCGGUACCUGGCAUCAGAGCUCAAGUGUUCAGUGGACGAAAGAUGGACCUGCGUCCGGAGUUUGUCGACGUCGGAUACGCGCCGUUCCGGGACGAAGAUAAGGGGCUUCUCCGGAACCCUCACAUCUGUGAGAAAUUCGUGCAGGAGAUGUGA